CGCGCGCAGGCAGGGAGAGGAGAAGCGGUGAGGCGGGAGGAGUCCAGCAGAAAGGCCCUCCCCCCCUCCUCUCUCUCGCGAAUGGUUCGCCCCGGUGCUGUUUAGUAGCGGGGAGGGAGGGAGGGGUCGGCGCCGCAAGACGGUUGGGGGCGCGCGACGGCUGUGGCCGCGGCCCCGCGAGGAGGACGGUUACGCCGCCGCCUCCUCCUCCUCCUCUCCUUCCUCCUUCUUCCUCUUCCAGCAGCUGGCGCGGGUCCUUGAGUAUGACAUGGAGUAUGGCUAGUUUGUGAUGAAGACUACAACUUAGCAGAUGCAGUAGUUGAUGGUAAUGAUGAUGCUUGAACACAACUGGAGUUGCUGAGGGAGGCGGAAUGGUGGCAGGAGCUGGAGUCUCAAAGGUUCUAGUACCUGGCCUCCACAAGAAGCCAUGAUCACUCUGAUAACUGAGCAGCUACAGAAACAGAGCCUGGAUGCAUUGAAAUGCACAUCCUUCAGCAUCAGUCUGCCUUUGCCUGAUCAUGCUGAUGUGGCCAGCUGUGGCAGCCCCUUCCAGAUAGCGCCUGAGGGAGCUUCAUGGAGGGAUCUGACUCCCUGUCCAAAGAUCCAUCUUCAGGACAACACAGGUCUAUACCAACACUCCAGCUUGAGCCUUCCAUUGCCCUCCUGUGGCCCAGACGACAGUCCUCAGAACAUACUUGCACCUCAAACACUGGCCACCAAUUCACUAGGUUCAGAAAAGGCUUCUGUGCCCCCCACCAAAAGACACUGUCGUUCCCUCUCAGUGCCCGAAGACCUCUCCCGAUGGCAAGCUGUCUGGAGGCCCCUGGGGUCCAAAGUAUGGACUCACAUCAAACGUCGGGACAAUACUGGAGGGGACACUUUGGCAGUGCAGCCCCAGACUGUAGCCCAGGGAGCCAACAGACUUUGCUUCAACCCUGCCCCCAGUGCCUCUCAUCAGGGUGUUCAAGAUGGUGCUAGUGGUGGGAGGAGUCCACCUUUCUUCAGUUUGGCCCUCUCCCGAGAAUCGCCAGCAAGUGUACCAUGGGAGACUGGAGAGUCUUUGCAGCCCUAUCCUCUGCAACGACGUUUCUCCCUAUCACCUGUCAGAUUUUUGCCCUCCCCACAAAGCUCUACCACCUCCACACCAGAGCUGCUUCGACACCAGCAUAGCCUCCCUCGCAGCCGCUCCCAGCCUUGUGACUUGGACACCAGGAAGUGUGGUCUUAAGCGGCGCCAUGAUGAGGAUGUGAGGUGGCACAGGCCCUCGCUUGAUUUCUACAAGAUGAAUCAGAAACCAUUUGCAGGAGGCGCCUGUCAGUUAGACAAAUCUGAAGAAAGUGGCUAUCCAUCAUGGCUCUUGGACUGCAGUCCACAAGCACCGUCAGCUCCAUGCAGUCCCCUCAGCAAUUGCAUCCAGGUGCUUAGUGAAAGUGAAGAAGAGGACGAGGAGGAAGAGGAAUCGGCAGUACGAGCAGCAAGGCAACUAAACUGGAAUUUAGCAAGCAAAAGAACACUUUUCCAGCCAGACUUUAGUGACCUGGAUCUAACAUUGAUUGAGGAGAACUAGGGGUUGGAUGUCUUUUUGAAAAACGGACUUGGGACUGGCAGCGGGACAUGGCUGCACUCCUGGAUGAGGGCCGAGGGAUUAGGGUGGGGAUAAGGGGAAAGUGGCGGUGGGACCAAUGGGGUUUUGUCUGCUUGUUUCUUUUGUAUUAAAAAAGAAAAGAAA